UCCCCUUACGUCACGGCAGCCGCCCCGCCUCCCGGCCUGGCACUGGAGAAGGUAUAGAAGAACGGAACGCCGCGCGGCUCAGUAUUGUUCACAGAGUGCCCGCAAAGCAUGUUGACAGUUCCAGGCGCAGUCAUGGAAGUUGGGGAACCGCAGUUCAGUAUCCUGCUGGCGACCGAUUCGUACAAGGUUACUCACUAUAAACAGUACCCUCCAAACACAACCAAAGUAUAUUCCUACUUUGAGUGUCGGGAAAAGAGAACAGAAGACUCCAAAUAUAGGAAAGUGAAAUAUGAUGAAACUGUAUUUUAUGGAUUGCAGUAUAUUCUAAAGAAGUAUUUGCAAGGAAAAGUUGUGACCAAAGAAAAAAUUCAAGAAGCCAAAGAGGUUUAUAGAGAGCACUUCCAAGAUGAUGUUUUUAAUGAGAAAGGUUGGAAUUACAUCCUUGAGAAAUAUGAUGGCCAUCUUCCUAUUGAAGUGAAGGCUGUUCCUGAAGGUAGCGUUAUCCCUAGGGGAAAUGUCCUGUUCACAGUAGAAAAUACAGAUCCUGAAUGCUACUGGCUCACAAACUGGGUAGAGACGAUCCUUGUACAAACAUGGUAUCCCAUCACUGUAGCAACAAACUCAAGAGAACAGAAGAAAAUCCUUGCAAAGUAUUUGCUGGAAACAUCUGGUAGCCUGACGGGACUGGAGUAUAAAUUACAUGACUUUGGUUACAGAGGCGUUUCCUCCCAAGAGACUGCAGGAAUUGGGGCAUCAGCUCAUUUGGUGAACUUUAAAGGAACAGAUACCGUAGCAGGCAUUGGAUUAAUAAAGCGAUACUAUGGAACAAAAGAUCCAGUUCCUGGCUAUUCAGUUCCGGCUGCUGAACACAGUACAAUCACAGCCUGGGGUAAAGACCAUGAGACGGACGCGUUUAGGCAUAUUGUGACCCAGUUUUCCUCAGUACCUGUUUCAGUGGUUAGUGACAGUUACGACAUUUACAAUGCAUGUGAGAAAAUCUGGGGAGAAGAUUUGAGAAGUUUGAUUGAAUCAAGAAGCGCAGAUGCUCCAUUAAUAAUUCGGCCCGAUUCAGGAAAUCCUCUGGACACUGUUUUAAAGGUUUUGGAUAUUUUAGGAAGGAAAUUCCCUCUAGAAGAAAACUCAAGAGGUUACAAGGUCUUGCCUCCUUAUAUUCGUGUAAUCCAGGGAGACGGCGUGGAUAUAAACACUCUACAAGAGAUUGUGGAAGGGAUGAAGCAACAUAAGUGGAGCGUUGAGAAUGUAUCAUUUGGAUCUGGAGGGGCCCUGCUGCAGAAACUGACCAGGGACCUGUUGAACUGCUCGUUCAAAUGUAGCUAUGUGGUGACAAAUGGCCUUGGGGUAAAUGUGUUUAAGGAUCCUGUGGCUGAUCCAAACAAAAGAUCAAAGAAAGGACGGUUAUCACUUCACAAAACAAGUGCAAAUUCAUUUGUGACCCUCGAAGAAGGGAAGGGAGAUCUAGAGGACUAUGGCCCAGAUCUUCUCCAUACGGUGUUUAAGAACGGGAAGCUAAUUGCGUCUUACUCGUUUGAUGAUGUAAGAAGCAAUGCAGGGCUGAAGGACAGAGAACUGGAAGAAGAGAUUCACUAGAAAUUAUCAUGUCUCAUUUGUAUGUAAAUCGUAAACCUGUUUCACUGUACAAAGCUGUGUGUUUGUUUUUGUGUUGCCAUUUGUUU